GAUGUUACAUACUUUAAGAGGUCACCGCGCAGAGAUUAGCAGUGCACAGUUCAACUGGGACUGUUCUCUCAUUGUCACCGGAUCAAUGGACAAAACAUGCAUGCUGUGGAAUGCUAUGACUGGGUUGCACAUAGCAACUUUAAAAGGUCACAGUGAUGAAAUAUUGGAUGUCUGCUUUGAUUAUACUGGCCAGCGUAUUGCAGCUGCCUCUAGUGAUGGAUCAGCAAGAGUCUAUAAUGCAGAGACAAAAGAGUGCAUUGCAGAGCUACAAGGGCAUGGAGGUGAAAUUUCAAAGAUAUGUUUCAGCCCUAAAGGCAAUCGUAUACUAACAGCAAGCUCUGAUAAAACAGCUCGACUCUGGGAUGCUGCUACUGGACACUGCCUUCAGAUAUUAGAGGGUCACGCUGAUGAGAUAUUCUCCUGCGCUUUCAAUUACAAAGGCGAUAUAAUCAUUACAGGGAGUAAGGAUAAUACCUGCAGAAUAUGGCACUGA